GUCAGGUGUAUCUUUGUCUUGGGAUCAGUCACUUGGGGUCUUGCUGGCUCAGGCCAGACCUAAUUGCUUGAGCCGGUAGUUGGGUUCCCGUAGGGGCUGCUUUGCUCUCAGGGUCUUUUGCCAGAGUUAAGAGAUGAAUUGGAAAAUACUCCGCAUGAGUGUUUGGCUGAUCACAAGUGACACUGCAUGUGAGACUGUCAAAGGAAAAAUUGCACGGGACACAAGUAAACAGGCAAGACUUGGUUCAAGACCGUGAUGACAGGGGAGAGAAGCCAGAACUCAGUGUGAACUCAGCGUGACCCAAAAGGCAGAAGGAAACAACUGGAGGGCUUGACAGAGGCUGAUCCAGGAGAUGUGUCGAGCACCUUGAGUUUGCAAAUGGUUUUCUCCGUGAUUAAGCCACCUGUGUUUGCUAAUUGGCACCCACCAAUUAGCAAGUUAGGCUCUACCUUCCCACAGAGACUGGCAAACGCAAACACAGGUGCCAUCUUCCUGGCUGAUUGCAUUUCAAAGGGAUGCCUCCUAAUCUUUGAGCAAGACAUUCUUGGGUUGUAAAACUGGCUGGAGGCUCCGAGAAGAUUUGCAUGUCAAUGGGACAGAGAAAGAAUUUAUAACGAUGAGUUUUCUGAAGUAAAAACUCUGGGAAAAAGGAGGUCAGUUUCAAGAGUCAGGAAGAAGCCUGGGCUGGGGUUUCGUCAAGCUGACGCAAAGGUUAAAGCUGUCCUGGUCAAAGUUCCUUCGUUUAGUGAUUGGACAUGAAUGGACAAUCAGAGAAGAGUGUCGCGCAAGAGGGACACACAGGUCAAAGCUCUCCUGAGAAAGACUGUCAGAUCGGACAAAAGCAGCUGCAACAGAUAGAGCGGCAGUUAAAAUGCUUGGCGUUUCAAAACCCGGGACCACAGGUAGCGGACUUUAAUCCUGAAACAAGGCAGCAGAAAAAGAAAGCUCGGAUGUCAAAGAUGAAUGAGUAUUUUUCUGUGAAAUACAAGGUCAGGAAGAAGUACGACAAAAGUGGCCGGCUGAUCUGUAACGACGCCGAUCUGUGCGAUUGCCUGGAGAAGAAUUGUCUGGGCUGCUUCUACCCUUGUCCCAAGUGCAACUCCAACAAGUGUGGGCCCGAGUGCCGGUGCAACCGUCGAUUCAACUCCCUUUUACUGAGCCUCUACUUAACAUUUGUGAGCCACACGUGAUGCUAAGUGCAUCCACUUCAUCACCUUGAACCGUCACCAUCCUGUGAAGAAGGCGUGAAACCCAGUGACCCAGGUCUGAUCCUUUGAAAGGCUCACCAGCCACCUGCCAGUCAAAGGAGUGGGGGGAGCUGUUUUGUCUGUUUGUUUAUAUUUUGUUUUGUUUUGAGAAUAUUGUUUUGCAAAUGGCUGACCAAAUGGAUUAUUUUAUUAUUGAUUUUAGAAUCAUAUGGUUUUAAAUUUGAAAAGGAAUCUUCUAUGUUGUCGAGCUAGUGAAUUGGUCAACAAAUAAUAACCAAGAGGUCGUCCUGUGCUGGGGAACUGGGCUAGGCAGAGAUCCAGCUGUGAGCAUAGUCCAGUGGGUUCCUGUCUUCAAGGGGAUUUUGGACUAAAACCUGUCUUGGUGUUGUUUGAUUUUUACAAGCGAGGAAAUUUAGCCCCAAUGAGAUCAAAUGACUCAGUUAAGGACACACAGAAGACCUGGCCACUCUUGGUAUUUUUGAACCCCAGUAGUAAGUCAGUCUUCUUUCCAUGAAACCAAGCAUUUCCCUGGUUUGCCUGAUCAUGAAAUUCCUUCAAAUGCUUUUAAUAAUACUCAUUCUGAUCCCUACCCUAAACCUCAGGAAUCAGAGCCUCCAAGGAGGGGGCCUGGAAAUCCAUACUUUUUUUUUCCUCCAGCACCCCAGGUAAGUCUUAAUGAUCAAGUAAGUUUGAGAAACACUGCCGUAUUGCUAGCUGUCCUAUUUUCAUGUU